AUGUUAGGACCCUUUUUGAAGCUGAAUAACGGCCUCAAGUGCCCUCAAUUCGCUUAUGGCUCUUAUAUGAUCAACCGUAGCAAAUGCUUUGACUCUGUGUAUGCUGCUUUACAAGCUGGCUAUCGUCAUGUCGACUCUGCCCAAAUGUACUUCAAUGAAGGAGAUUGUGGUAGAGCCAUCCUUCAAUUCAUGAAGGACACUGGCAUCAAGCGUGAAGAGGUAUGGUAUACCAGCAAACUAAACAACUUGGCUGGAUACAGUGCUACCCUCAAGAGCAUUGACAGCAGUGUGAAGGCUUGCGGUUUAGGAUACAUUGAUUUGUUCUUGCUCCAUUCCCCAUAUGGAGACCGUCUUGGCUCUUGGAAGGCUUUGGAAGAAGCUGUUGAAGCUGGCAAGAUUCGUGCAAUUGGUGUAUCCAACUUUGGCCCUCAUCACAUUCAACAAUUGUUGGAUCAUCAUCCCAAGAUUGUUCCCUGCGUCAACCAAAUUGAGCUUCACCCAUUCUGCUCUCAAAGCAAGGUGGUAGAAUACUGCCAGACAAAGGGUAUUGCUUUGGCUGCCUAUGCUCCCUUAGCCCACGGUGAAAAGUUUGGAAACAAGCAAUUGAUUGGCAUUGCCAAUAAAUACAAUAAGACCGAAGCACAAAUUAUGAUUCGCUUCCUUCUCCAACGUGGUUACAUCGUUCUUCCAAAGAGUUCUACUCCGGCUCGAAUUAAGGGCAAUGGUGAAGUGUUUGAUUUUGAGCUUUCCAAGGACGAAAUGCAUACCUUGUACAAUUUGGAUGAGGAUUAUCAUUCCGAUUGGAAUCCAUGCGUUUCUCCUCUUUAA